AUUCUCGUAUUUAUAAUAGGUUAAGAAAUGGUGAAGUGAUCUAGAAAUAAUGGCUUCAACUGUGGAGGUCCGGUUAGAAUUGGGACACAAAGCCAAAGUGAGGGAUGUUCCUUCACCUGAGGGCCAUACUCAUGAUUGGGAAGUUUUUGUCAAAGGCACUGGAAUUAAAAUUGAAUAUUUUGUUGAAAAAGUUGUUUUUUGGCUUCACGACUCCUAUGAACCACCAGGGAGAGUCAUAAAGCACCCUCCAUAUAAAGUUAAAGAAUCUGGUUUUGCUGGGUUCAACAUGCUCAUUGAUGUUCAUUUUCGCAAUAAAGAAGCACCUAAAAAUGUUCGAUUUCAGUAUGAUUUAUUUUUGCACACAGAGUCAAUGCCGCCUGUUAAUCAUACUCGGCUUGAGAAAUUGACUUUUACAAACCCAACUGAGGACUUUCGUAAAAAGUUACUCAGCGCUGGCGCAGUGUUGGGUACUGCUUCGCCAGAAUCCCGACAUUCUUCCAAAGAUCGCUCCUCCAGGACCACAAGUCCGUCAUCUAAAAAAGAGUUGAGCAAAUCUAGGGAUAGUUCAAAACAUCGGGAGAGCAGUAAAUCAAAUCAUCCAGAACGUAAAAGAAGCAGUUCUCAUUCAAAAAAAGAUGGUAGAAUCGCGGUGAAAGACAUGAAGAAACAUGAUGAAAAUUUUAAACUUCCUAAGAAUCUAAGUUCAUCAGAAAAGAGGCCGAAAGAAGAAGGGAGUGAGAAAUCAGAAACGUAUCAUCAUGAGAGAGGAAGACCAGAGAAACGAAGAUCAGUUGCUGGGGAAGAUGAUGGUAAUAAAAAGAAGAAAAAAAAACAUUCUGAUGACGCACCACAGAGACCAAAAUCUCUUAAUGUUUCAUCUGGUCCCACCCCUAAUACACAAAAGAAAGACAAAGAGAAAAUAAGAAGGAUUAAGGAAAAGCCUGAUUUAAUGACAGGAUUAUUUGCUCCAGGUAACAGCAUUAACAUGACACAAAUUAAGCAAUCAAAAGUAAAGCAAGAGGAUAUGAAGAUCAAAAAGGAAAAAGGUUCCUCUUCAACACCUUCAAGAAAUUCACCUCAUCCUUCCACUCAAGAAGAAGCGAAUGUUGUUCACUCUGCCAAAAUUUCACCUGGUGGUAAUUUGACAUUGAAAAUCAAAAGAGAAAAAGUACCUAGUACGGAAAAAGAUAAGAAUUCAAAAGAAUCUGUUGCCAAUCCAAUACAAAAGAGCAAACGAAGAGGAUCAGUUGAAAAAGAAAGGAAGCACCAUAAGGAUUCUUCUAGCAAAACAAAAGUCUCAGAAAAGAAACAGGAAUUCAAAAAAAUGAUAAUGUCUUCCGACUCUUCUUCUAGUGGAAGUGACAUGGACAUCAGUGAAUCAGAUACAUCUGCUGAUGAAAAGCGGUCUCAUAAAAUAAAAGUUCAUAUCCCAAAUGUGGAAGAAAAACCCAAAACUAAGAUCAAAACUGGAAGCAAUGUUACAAAAGAGUCUCUAAAACCAAAACUUGAAAAAAAGAGUAUUUCUACAAUAGUAAAACAGGAACCAAAAGUGAAAACAGAAAAUUCAUCACACACAAAUUCUCCUAGUUAUUCUAAACCUGUUGUAACGAAAGAAAAGUCACGGAAAAAUAGUGUAAGUAAAAAAGAAAGAAGUGAUAAAGUAUCAAUGAAGCAUAAGAAAUCAAGCAAAGAUCCAGAUAAAGAUCAUUCUGAAAGGGAAAGCACACCAUCAAAUAAACCUAAAAAACAUAAACGAUCGUCAAAAGAAAAGGUGUUGAUAAAACAAUCAUCAAAAGAUGAAAAGCGUUUUUCUCCAUUAGGAAAGGAUAAAAAAUUAAGUUCUACUCCCAACACUGAACGGAUUGCACCCAAAAAGAAAUCAGAGUCCCACUCUUCACCCAUCUCUAAAAACUUAGAAGCAUCGUCACCUGCAAGCGUCACUAAAAAUAAAAAGAUUUCAAGCCCCAAGCCGAGCAAUAGGCAAAGCAAGAGCCCUAAAUCUGGGAGCAUGUUAAUAACAAAAGAGAAGGAUUCUAGUUCAAAGAAAGAGUUUCAUAAAAGACCUUCAUCUGUGCCAAGUAAAAAGCCAAGUUCAAAAUUAUCUCAAAAACGUGAGGAAAAACCCAAACCAGUAUAUAAGAGCAGAUCGUAUGUUGAAACAAGUAGUGAUGAUAGUGUUGACAGCGAUGCCGAAAUUCCACCACCCAUUGCACAUAAAGAUAUACCAAAGAAGAUAACUCCAAUCAGAAAAGCAUCAAUUUCUUCUCAGUCAUCAGCGUUUUCAGGUAAUCAUUCUGUUACAUCUGAUGAUGAAAAGAAUCAUGUGGCGGAGAAAAAUACUCCAAUUUCUGCCAAUAUUGCUCGUUCAAACUCAUCAUCGAGUUCUGAUUCAUCAGACGAUGAGUUGAAUAUGAGUGGUCUUCCUCUCGAAAACACUGCACAUUUGUCGGUAAUAUCUCCGAUUCGAGAUUCUCACACUGAACAUACUAUUGAUGCAACAACAGCAUACCAAGAUAUGGAAAUGUCAGAUUCUAGCGAUGAUAGUUCGUAUCAUGAGCCUGUUGAGGAAAACAAACAUCAAAUGCAAGAAAACAUUACUGAAUAUCCUGUUUCAGAAGUAAAAGUUUCACAUGAAGACAGGGAAAAAAAAUUUCAAAACUUGGGUCUUUCAAAUAACUUCGACACAAGUUCAGAAGAUGAGUCUGAUACUCCGUUAGAAAAACCAUUUCAAAGCCAGCGAGAGUAUUCUGAGCCUUCUAUUGAAAAUGAUACCCACAGUGUUGAACAGCAAGGUAGUUCUACUGAAUUGCCCAUUGUUGUAACCAAAGUAGGAAAUGUUAGUAGCUAUCCCCGAAUGAACGAUACACUUUAUCAAGAGCUUCAAGAACUUCAAAGGAAAAUCUCUUAUGUUACAGAUGUUGAUAGACUUCGGAAAAUUGCUUCAAUUGUCGCAAAAUCAAAAAAACUUGUUAGAAAUGAAGAAUAUUUUGACUUUGAUCUUUGUUCUUUAGAUAAUACAACAAUAAACAAAAUUCAAAAACAUUUAAAAGCGGUUUAACAAUAUGACAUGUGCGUAAUACAAUAGUGCUCCAGGAGAAGUUGCGAUUGUCCUGGAGUUGUUUCAUUGCACAAGACACAUUAACUUCAUUCAUUAUAAUGGUUCCAUGCCCCUAAUAUUUUAGUUUGAGUUAACCUGAGUUAAAAUUAUCGACUUUAGUCGGACCAAAGCUGAUUAUAACUAUCAUUGUUUGAAAUGUGAAUUUGAUUCAUUUGGCAAAUUCAUCAAUUUCUCAGAUGUGCAGACCAUGCUAAAAGCUGAAUAGGGCACUGUGAAACAGACCAGACUUUAAUUCAAAAUUUCAUGGCAAAUUCAUUCACUGGAGGCAUUAUUAAAUAAUUUCAAUUUAACAUUGGUGCUAUAUAUAUAUAGGUAAUUUUACAUAAGUUUAAAGCAAAAGUUUCUUGAACUAAUGUUUAUUUUUGCCAAUGUUGACAACUCGUUUGGGUUAGACUUAUUCACAAGCAAUUAGCAAUCAAAUAUUUUGAACUUUCCAUUGAAUUUUGAAUGCCCCAUAACAGAUAAACACUGUCUGAUUUUGUGAGACUACCGGUAUCUGGAACCAGCGAUUUGUUGCCUCAAUUGCUCAGUUCCUAAUACACAAAUUAAAUGCCUGAAUGGCGUCCCAUGUUUUUCAAUCAUGUUUUUAAUGUAUAUGAUCUUCCUCUCAAAUUUUUAGGCUAAGAGCAUGCUAGUCAAUGAACUUGUAACUCUGCGCAGCAUACCACUGUUCAGAUAAGCAGCUGUUCCAAUCUAAUUAACCCUUGACUUACAAUUGUGUGACUAAUGGCAUUAUUUUAAUUAUCCAGUUUCUGUUUGUGUCUGCUUCAAAUUUUAUUUUCAAUGUUUUAUCCUUCUCAUUCAUUCAGGCCAAGCGUGGUCUUGUAAGAUGGAAAGCUCACUCCUGAAUUGUGGGACAUAUCAUGGCCUCUUUCAUGACUCAUCUGUUAACUAUGGAUGGCCUAAUAUAAUUUAGCUUCCCCUGUUCCAGCUGCUACUGUUUUUUUUCUGUUUGAUGCAGACUUGCGUGUCAAUGUUUGUGAUUCUAUGUUUUAUUGAAACAAUGAAAUAAAGAUGUUAUAUUUAUUUUUUUUCCUUUUCUGCAAUAAAUAUCAUCGAAUCACUCUGA